AUGGACGAGUGCAAGCACAUUCGCUUCCGCCAGCAGGACAGAUUCGCCAAGUGCGACUACUGUCAGGAGUGCAAGUGGGAGCUGCGGCACUGCCGGCUGCCAGACAAGAGGAAGGCCAUUCUCAGGGCAUUCUUUACUCACCUUGAGUUCCAGAUGAGAAAUCGUAGACGAGGCUGUCGAAGUGACAUGCAUCACAAACUUGUGCGUUUGUCAAUGGCAGGCAAGGUGGAGAUGAAAUGGAUAGCUCGUUGUUUGUCGAGCCCUGCUCCUCCGGAGCUCUAUGUCACCAUGGAUUGCGCAGACCAGAAGGUGAGACGUCAGGCUAAGAGACCUGCGACGGAAUUGUGCCUCUCUCUCUCUUGCGUCAUUGCAGAUGUAUCAAAUGCCGCGCAGAGAGCUUGUUGCGAAGACCCUGACUGGUAUCGAGUUCCCACACUUCAAAGCACUGGGGGUACGUAGAAGCAGCAAGAAUAGUCUGCCUGCGGAGACGCGCGCAUUUUCCUGUCAGUGGACGGUCUGGGGUGUUAGCCAUGGAUAUCACUUCAUCCCCCCAAGAGAGCUUCACGGAGCGUGCAUGGUGGUUGACGUGCUCAAUGAUCUGCUCAAGGCAUCACUGGAGGGGCUUGGGGAAGAUGAGAGACCCUCGCAGCUCAAGCUGCAGCUGGACAACACUGCAGCUGAGAACAAGAACAAAUACGUGCUUGGCAAGCAGAAGGGGUCACUCGCUGGCUCUACUUUCCACUGCAUGUCGGUCGAUUAUGAGCUUGUGUGUCAGGUUAUUGUGCCAUCCUCAUCAUUCUUGGCGUCUUCGAGUCCGUCGAGCUGCACUUCCUCAUCGUCGGCCACACUCACGGCCCGAAGGAUGGGCACCACUCUAUCCUUUCGCGUUUCCUCAUGCCCCAUCACUGGAGCACCACACAGCGGCUCCUCGAGCUCACAACUGAGGCGUUCCCCAAUGGAAUCAGGAACGACGGCAGGACGGUACCAAGGAAGGACUCGGCAUUACUUCGAUUGAUGACUGUUUUUGACUUUCAGGUGCAUGCCACGUAUUGGAGCCCGGUGCUGGAUUGGGUGACAUGGAUGAACGGCUCGAAUAUUCUUCCCGUGCUGCACGGCGUCACUGGCCCAAACUCCUUCAGGUACUGCGUUUCUCUAUGUGUCUCUCUGCCGCACGCUCUUGUGUGUCUCAGGUUGUCACGCGAUUUGCUGCAUCCCCAGCGGGUCCUCAUCACGUACAAGGACUACAUGACCACUGAGCAUUGGCAGCCACCACAGCACUUCAUCGACGCCAUUCCUGAAGGCGCCCCUGCCCCUGGGCCCAUCAAGCAGCGGCUGAGCGAGGAGAGACAAGCGAAGGCUGUGUCAGCAAUGGAGCGCCUUCCAACAGACUCGAGGACAUCUCUCAUGUCCACGCCAGACGAUGUAAGACGGCAUUGCUGGCACGUCGCUGUGGGCAACGAUAUGCUGCUUGCUUCGCUCAGGUCAAGGAAGGCAUUGCAUUGCUCGACGGGACAUACCCUCGUCUCCCUCGUGAUUUCAGCUUCCCUCCUCCCUCACCCCUGCAGCCUGCCGGCCCGCCUGAGCUGCAACACGCCACCAUGCAGCAAGACAUGGAGCAUAGCAUGGCGGCCGCCGGCAUCCCCUUGAAGGCGAAACGAGAGCCCAACAUUGGCGGCAAAGGAGACAAGAAGAAGGCCUUCUUCCCAUUGGGUGGUGGCGGCCAGCCAGCUGUUGACCAUGAGCCAGGGCCGAGUGAGCAGGCAGGGGAGGGCAGUCGGGUGCUUCAGGCUCCUUUGAAGAAGUUCAUCCUCGCCAGCGCUGCCGAUGCCCCCUUCUACAUCGCAAGAAUAGAGGAUUCCGUCGCCAAGGGGGCCCCAGAGCCGCCCCUUUCGGUCCAGGGGGAGCGUUGGGUGUAUGUGUGGUGGUUCACUGCACCGAGACAUGACAGGCAGAAAGUCACUCAGGGGCACAGGGCAAUGUAUUGGAAGCCAGUGGGGGAAGACAAGGCCAAAGCCAAGCCAGCUUUGCAAUGGAUUUCAGAGAGAACCAUCCUGACGCCUGGUUGUUUCGACAUGACAGGGAAGGGAGAUGCGAAUAGGAUGGUGCCCCGCUGGGUGCACAGAUGGCUUUUUCAGCACACCGAUCUGAGUGGGGAGUUUGAGAGAGCGAGGUGUGCUCCCCAUGACAUAGACGACUUGGAUGAGCAACAGCUGGAUGAGGCUGAGGAGGAGUGAGUGACUCAGAAGUGACUCAGACUUCUCAUGAGUGAGCAGACUUCUUUGAUUCAUAGAUCAAAACGGUUGCGAGUGGGUUGUGUCUGAUCGAUCAAUGAAAAGCGUUGCCCCUCCUUGAUGGCAUGUCCGUACAGCGCAGCACAUGCAUCAGCAAAAGUCCAAGUCAUUACACAAGUCCACUUACACUUACAGCGAACUCAUCAUGGGCCUCGCUGCGAACGCGGCUCGACGAACGGUUUCGAGAGGAGUAACGGGAGGCGAUCGGGAAGGGACAACAGGCAAAAUUUCGCACCAAAGUCCAUUAUCCACGCCGGCUCCUAUGGCCGAGUGGUACCCCACGGAGUCAUAGUGAGCCGGUCAUCGUGAGUUCAAUUCCCUCCGUUGGACUUACGGUGCAAGUUUCGGGAGGAGGGUCUAGACUAGCUACCCUAAGGAUCUCACUGGACUGCCUACAAAAGGGAUCCCACGGGACGCGCCGCGAGGACCAGCCGAGGAGUGGCACUAGGAUGCGUUCAGGGUAGCUGCCGUGAAACCGUGCAAAGGCUUAGGAUCACAAAGGCGUGCGGAGUGUGAUCGUGCGUGGCCAGUGUCCAUGAAUCGGACUCGCAAAAGACUCGGAGGGCGGGGCAUUCCCAGAGCCCGUUACCGUAACCAACCAACCACAAAUUUCCA